AUGGAACUACACGAGAACCAGGAAGAACGCAAGCGCAACAUGGAGCUCGACAGGAAGAAUGCCGAGCGCAAGGCCCGGGGAAAACCACCUCUCAGCGAAGGCCUUAUGAGGGCGUAUGACUCAUCGGACUCAGACGAAGACGGCCAUGAAGUGCAGGCAGUGGUAGAGAAGCCCUGGCAGACGAAGAAGGCGGAGAGACUGCUCAAGCGACUGCGGGCCGAGAGCAGGGCGAUAGAAGUCAGUGAGAAG